AUGGACGAUAUCAUUUCGGUACACGGCUCAGACUCAGAGGAACUCCAGGAGGAACAGGAGAACGUUAACUAUGUCGACAGGAAGGAGCUCCUCGAACCAGUGGUCAGGCGCGUGGUCGAUGCCCUCGGAGGACCGGAGAAUGGAGUGUACAGACCAGGUGACGAGGCGCUUGGAUGUCUGCGCGACCUCAAGCGCCUUUGGCGUACCGACGACAGCGAUGACGAUCGUACCGUCGCACGACUUCUAUUUGCUACCCGCCUCCUUCCCAAUGACCUCGUUCCUCUCCUUCUCCUCACCGCCGGCAAAGGCAACGUCGAAGACCCGCUCGCCAUCGCGUGCGCCGACCUCGCAACAGCCAUGACCUGGCCCAUCGACAUAGCCGAGGAGUUGAGGGAGGUAGAAGAUGACGAAGAUGUGUCGCGGGCAGACUACACCCAGCUCACCCUCGCCCAUCUUGUGUACAAGUCCGCGCUCCUUACCCCCGGCGUCAUCCAAGCGCUCUUCAACAUCAUCCUCUUGCCCAUAUCCAAGCCCUCGCGGCAGCGCACGGAACGCGAGUCCCAAGUUGUCAAUGUCGUUUUCCACCUUUUCCGCAACCUUGCUUUCAUCCGGGACUUGCCUGCGGACGCCCAUCGCAGCGGCGAUCAGACACAGUUCUCAACGCUCCAGUCGCGAUACAUCAAGGUCCUCAGCGAAACCCACGUCUUCGAUCUGUUCCUCACCAUUGCCGCCAAUACGGGCAACGACCCACUCUUCAACUCGGUCAACACACUAGUGCUCGAGACGUUCUACCUUCUCUUCCGAAGUGUACGUCCAUCCUCCCUCGCAGCGGACCAACAGGAGCAACCGAAAGAAAACCUUCGCAAGCUUCUCGCUGCUGAGGACAAAGAACGGCGCGAACUUGCCCGCAACGCCUCCUCCCGCCAUUCGCGCUUCGGCACCACAAUCUCAGUAAAGCUCAACCCCAAGAAACAACAGAAACCUCCCGAAGUCGUCGAUCUUACCGUAGACGGGGACACUAACUCGGCAUCGACACAGCCUCAGGGUGACAAGUCCUCCAGGCCACUCGUGCUACACCGACAGGCUGCGCUGACUCAGGACUCGGGGGCCAUGCUCGAUGCGACGAAGCGCAUUAAAUGGCGAAAGGCGUUCACUGUAGAUGAGCUCGCGCGCCAGGAUACUCUUGACACGGGGGCCAAGAGCAUUCUUCGAGGCUUUGCGGGAGAGUUCGUGAAAGGGUGCUUCAAUCCUUUCCUGGCGUCGUUGUUGAAGGACAUCAAAUCCGAGCGAGCCAAGAUCACCGAGAAGGACCACCUCCGGCUGCUCUUCGUCACCAAAUGGCUUCUCGAUUUCUUCCUCUCCUCGCGCACACGCGCCCUGGCAAAAGGGACAAAUCAAGCCAGCGUAGCGGAUGACAAGGGCUGGCAACUCCCCUCCGUCGCCGAGGUGACGGACCGUGCAUGGAUCGUGUGGGUGCUCCGGCGCAUGCGAGAAUCGAUGGAAGACAAGCCAAAAGCAUGGACCGAGCUGCAAGCUGGCAUCGAGUGCCUCACCCAGCUCCUCCUGCUCGUCGACGCCAUGCUCCUGCCGUCCCCGUCCGCCGCCUCGGACGCGAACGCGGACGUCGCGGCCGAGGACGAGCUGCGCGACGCGGCGGAGGCGCUCUUCCAGCAGCUCGUGUACAACGGCGAGGUGCUCGACAUCGCGCUCGAUGCGCUGCGCGCGUACAAGGGCGGCACGCAGUCGCUCGCGUACCUCGGCGCGAGCGUGCACCUCGCGCAUCAGCUGCUGCGCAUGCUGGAGAAGUGGGGGAAGAGUGGGGGGAACGGAGUGUAUGUGCGCAAGAGGAAGGCGCGGAAACGAAAGGGGAAAGGGAAUGGUACCGGCGUGACGGAGGAAGAGGGCGUGCCAGACGUCGAAGACGUUGAAGAAGGGGGGAACGAGUCGGAAGAAGCGAUUACGGAGACCAUGUUCACUUUCGAGGCGUUCGAGAUGAAAUUCGCCUCCCCCGACAUCGCGCGCACCCUCCUCGCCUACCUCGCCCGCUACCGCGAGCUAGACGCGUCCGAAGGCCUCCGCCGCGUCGUCGGCCUCAUCCAUCGCCAAGCAGUCAAAGCGAAAGCUGAAGGCCUCUUUUUCAACGUGUCCACGCUAAGCCUGUUCAAGGCCAUACACGACGACCAACGGUCACUCCCGAAGGACCAGACGUCGAAGGACCUCAUCCAACUGAUCAGCUUCAUACUACGCCGGUUCUUCAAGGCGCUCGCGGAGGAGCCGAUGCUCGCAGUCGAAGCCUUCUUCCCCAUGAACCGAGGACACUGGAAGCAGUUCUCCAGCUGGGAACCCGAGAAGCGUCAGGCGCGCGCGCUCUCCGGCAGCGACAGCGACAACGGCGGUGGUGGCGCGGGCUUCCCCGCAGAAGUCAAGGUCAAGAAAGGCUACUCAUGGAGUGAGCAGAUCGGCAUCGUGAUCGCCGCGCUCGUCGAAGAGGGCAACAGGGGGCUCGUCGAGUGGAUCAAGGAUGUGCUAUUCCUGGUUAUUCGCCAGCGACGCGCGAUCGUCGAGGAGACGGAUCUGCGGGACAAAGAUAACUCGGACGGAGAAGGAGAAGGAGACGAGGAGAAGGGCGAUGACGGUGACGCGGAGAAGGAGGCAACGAGGCUUGCGGGACCGUCGGCAGAGGCUGUCGCGAAGUUUGAGGAUUAUCGAGUGCCGUACAUCCACGAUGAACAGGCGCAGGCGGCUACCAAAAACCCGCGGCUCAAGUUGAUGUUGGAGUUGCUCGAGUUUACUUCGCAAGUGGAAGAAGGCACAGGCGAAGUGCAGUGGAUCGUUCCCGCGAAGAUUCUACCGGCAGAACUCCAGUCCAACUUCAACGUUAUCGACCAAUACCUGCGCGAGCCGCUCGAUCUCGCUGGCAAAAAAGCCUCCGAGCUCCUCGCAAAGAAAGCACGUCGUCGGCGCCGGCGCCGGCGGGCUCUCGCCUCCGACGAGGAAGAGCUUCCAAGUGAUGAGGAGGAACCACGUCGACGUAGGCGCGCGAAGAAGGAGAAGGAAGAGAAGCAGUACAAGUCGGCGCAGUUUAUUGAGGAUUCGGACGGUGAGGAUGGCGAGAUGGACGCGUUCCUCGAGCGCGAGAAAGCGCUCCGUGAUCGCAUGGAACGUGUCGCAGCGGACAGCGGCAAGGGCCUCGGGACGAUGCGCGCCACAGGCACGAAGAAGCGGCGGCGGAGGAACAAAAACGGGCAGGGCGGCGACGACAAGAAGCGGGGCGGGAAGCGCGCGCGCACAGCGGACCCCGAGGACGGUGUCGUCGCUGAUGGCGAUGCAGAUGCAGACGUGCUGGCGAUCGAGAGCUCGGCAUCUAAUAGCGACGACGACGGUGCCGAGCCCGAUGCGGCAGACGACGUGCUCGAUGCGCUGCGACGAUCCAAGAGCCCAGAACGGCCGACCGCUAGGGCCAAGGGCAAGGCCAAAGCAGCGUCACCUCCGCGUCCGAAGCCACGGCCACGCCCCCGGCUGCGUCUCUCGAAGAAGUCCGCGGCUCCUACAUCGGACGAAGACAUGACACUGGACGAAGCCGCACCAAAUUCGUUCGUCAAACCAGCAUCGAAGUCAUCACAGCAAGAUAACGAUAGCCCUCCGGGCAGUCCGAUUCCCGAACGGACAAGUCGACGUCGGGUAGUCGUCAUCUCGGAUGACGAGGAGUAGCCUAAAUUAUCAUCCAUGUUUGCUUGUUCGUUUGCAGUGUUUUUGUUUAUAGGUCCAUGAAGGCGUACGAUAUGUACGAGGCUCGCACAGACGCUCGAGGUCCAAAGUUAGCAGCGUUCGACCAAUCAAACGCUAUCGCCGCAGACUAACGCUCAGCGUUUCUGAGAUGGAUGAUGCAUUCGUACUAGUAUGAAUUUCCGGGUUAUGGAUGGAGAAGGAGCUCUUCCCGUUCCCGCGAGACGUCCUAUACAUCAAGGGAUGGCGAGACAAAAACGCGUCUAAACCCCUUGUGCAUCACCUGCCACCGCCAUCGAUAUGCACUUCUUCUUGGACGGAAAAUCAAACAAGGCAGAAAUGAACGGUGAUCACACGCUGUCUAGUGACGCCGCUGGAAGGGCAGCACUGCGGAAUACAACAAGUCCCCCAGUGAGGCAACCGCGAUCCUGACUUUAGCACGAAUUCCGAUGCUGGUCCCAACAGUGACAGCCAUGAGGUUCUUCCUAGCCUGAACGCAAGAAUGGAUCAGGAAAGAGCGCGUCCAUAUCAAUCCACCAGCUGUCUCGAUGUCAAACCUUCAUGGUUCCUGCAAGUCACCGUUUGCUAUUCUUGGAUGUGCGCGGAUCUUUCGCUUCCACCAGAACGGGCAGACCUCCGCGACCCUACCGCCAAGUCCAUCUCCUGAUGAACGUUCAAACUGAGCAAGGAGGAAUGGGGAAC